AUGCACACCUCCAACGUAAUCUCGGUUACCCUCUUCGUUCUCCUCAACUUGUGUAACACCGCUCAGGCAGACCUUCAAGAAGAGAUCGAAGCUCGUAAUGCAGAACUACGAAACCUAUAUAAAGCGAAAAAUAUUUCAGCUGCAAUAAAAUUCUAUCAUAAGAAUGUAACCUUUAUGAUCACUGGAAGAGAGCCCUUGAAGGGACGACCGGCGGUUAAGGAGUAUUUCUCAAAGGAUCAGGGUCAUGGUGGCACUCCGGUUAUACAGCUCAAUGUUCAUGAGAUAAAUGGGGACGAUAAAUGGGCUUUUGAGCGUGGUUCAUUCGAUGUGACUUGGGCAGAUGGCAAGAAGAAAGGCAAUGGGAUGUAUCUGAAAGUGUGGAAGAAAAAUGCAGAUAAUAAAUGGGUGAUAUACGCUGACAGUACGAACUACAUCAAUUUACCGCAGAAGUCCGAGACGAAGUAA